AUGGGUUCCAAAACAGCCCAUAAAGUUGACAAAUCUCUCUUAAGCAAGUUUUGGCAAUUAGCUGAAUCUAACCAGACCAAGAUAAUACAAGCUUCCAAGGCUUUAGUUGAUGACAUAGACCGAAGACAAGUUGAUGAGUCAGAGAUUUGUGAGGAGUUGCAGUAUUCCAUUAACAGACUUGUAAAAGGCCUAGCCUCCAACCGACAAUCAGCCAGACAUGGUUUCUCAGUGGCACUCUGUCAGAUCCUCAGAACUUUCACUGCAGUAAAUGUUGAUAUGAUUCUCGGUGCUGUUGCUGAACAUCUCAAGUUUACGCAGAAAGAAUCGAGAUCUGAGCAGGGAAAUAUAUUACUUGGGAAGGUCUUGGCCUAUUUGACCUUAGUUCAAUCUGAUCGAAUAGCCAGUGCAACCCAAGAACAUGUACAGAAAAUUAUCCAGAGUCUGGUUCAAGUCUGCAAAAACAGAGCUUACCUAAAACAGAUUUCGACUUAUGCCAUAUCACUCAUUGUCUCACAGGUGAAUACAGAUAUCUUUAAAGCCUCUGUUUGGUCUGAGAUAGAGGCUGACCUGACCCAAGGAUGGACGGGAUGUUCCCCAGACACCCUCCUUCUGCUGCUAGCCUGUCAGAAAUACCACCCGAAAAUGGUGGACAAAGCCUUUUUGAAAACAUACUGGGGAUCAUCAGUUGUAUUUUGUGUUGAAAAUCUAAAACAUAUUUGGAAUGUUAUAAAGCUUUCAACAUCUUCCUACCCUGUGAUACACCUAAUAAAUGAUGAAAUCAUUCACCAGCUGACUGCAGCUAAGAUGUCUUUCACUGAUUUCUGGACAGAAGGAAGAGAUCUUUUGUUUAGCAAAGAGCACCACAGCUCCGUGAGUGUGGGACUGUAUCUUAUGACAAAAAUGCUACCUCAUCUGACAACCCCUAAAGAGAUUGAGUGCCUGUUACCUGCUAGUGUGGUGAGGGUUCUGGUUAAAGUCAUUGAUGGUAAACAGAAGAAAACAAAUCCCGUUCACCAGGCUGCUACCCAGUUUAUGAAUGGGUUAGUCACCUAUGUGAAAUCCUCUGAAAAUACUGACAAUUCCAUUAAAGUGCUCCACUGUUUCCAUGAAACACAGUGUCCAAAGGGUGCCAAUCUUACCCGGUCCUUGGAAACCAUCAUUCAGUCUCUUUGUACAGAAGCAGCUAAGCAAUACGGAGAGAAUUUAAUGAAAGUGUUUAAAAAAUAUGCCAAAGACCCCAAAGAGAACAUGGUGGGUAUUCAGCAUGUGGCCACCCAGGUCCGUAUUCUGGUGACCCUCCCCAGUACCUCCGACGACCACACAUGGCAGCUCCGCCUUCUACAGUUCCUGGGUCUUCAUUCCUUCUGGACAGUCCAGGCCAAGUCUUCAGAGAUCCCUCAUUGUUCAUUCAGCACUCGGCCUAUGGAGGAAAAAUUGAGGAAAGCAUUCCAAGACAACUUUUACAAAGCUCUUAAUAACCUACUCUCCUAUAAUACAGAGAAGUCAAAGACCUCCUCCUUAGAUGUGUAUCUUGACACAGCUUGUCAGCUUUGUAAAUACUUCCAGGAUUUAAUAGAAGCAACAGAAUUUGUAACUCCAGUCCUGAGUUUAUCUGAAGAUGAGACGGAGCAGUGGGUCAAGACAGUUCUGUGUUUAAUGGGAAUGCAGGAAAAGAAUGCUGCCAACAGUCCAGAGAGACUGGAUCUAUACAGAGCUUUUGUCUUGUUGUUUGUGUUUCAUGCCCUUCAUUUGUUUGUUUCCAAAGAAAAUGCUGUCAGUGCUUCACAGGAUAUACACAUAUGCUACAAUAAAGCUGUGAAACACAAAAGAAGAUCCACGGUCAAGUCUGCCAAAUCAGAGCCUGAAUGGAUAGAGGUUGUUACAGAGUUAUUAUUGAGUAUGAUGUCACAAGGGUCCAGCUUUGCCAGACUGGCUGCUAAGACGACCUUUGGCUGUCUAACUGACCAUGUGACCCCCGACUCUCUGGGCCUCAUUACAGAUGUACUCAAAACUGAGAAAGGAGAUGAGAGUGUACCAAUAAGCUUUGAAGAUGAGGAGGAAGAUAUAAUAGAAGAUGUAUCAGAUAUGGAAAACGAAAAUGGGGAAAAUGGACUGGAAACAUUAGAGGCUGAGGAGGAAAAAGAGGAGGGGACUGAUGAGGAGGAGUCGUCAGAGGAGGAUUCAGAUGAAGAGGAGGAGGAGGGGGAGGAGGUGAAUGAGGAAUUCAGGAAUGCUGUCAAGUCUGCUCUGGGAGAGGCUGCUGAAAAAUCAGACAGUGAAGAGGAGUCUGAACCUGACCUGGAUGAUGAGACGAUGUUCAAACUUGACGGAGCUCUGGUUCAGGUAUUUAAGAACAUGAGAAAGACAAAAGAAGCCGAGGCUAAGGAGAAUAAAAAGCAGCUUCUGGCAUUUAAAUCCAGAGUGCUGGAUUUGGUAGAAAUCCUAGUCAAGAGCCAACCUCCUGCUGAUUUAACCUUGGACUUGAUCUUUCCCCUCCUGGAACUCUUGGCCAGCACAGAGAAACACAAGGAGGGGGUAGAGGUAGAUCUAGGAAAGAGGGCAGGCAAUAUCUUCAGGAUCCUGUAUAGAAAGGCCAAGAUUCAUGGUAAUAUGGCGGUGUCUAGAGAUCGUUACUUGGAGGCCAUGAACAAUGCAAUUCAGUUCUCUACAAAAGUGACAACCAAACAAAUUGUCAAUGAUGUGUCUGAUGCCUGCCUCCUUGUGAUCCGGUUAUUAAUGAACCUGGAGAUGGGCAGUCUGGGACCUUCUCCAAUGAAGACCAGAUCUAAGAAGAACCAGAAAGAAAAAGAGAAGAGGGAAGAGAAAGAAAGGGAUCAGGAGACAGUCCACCACAUGGUGAUUGAUAUCAUCCAAUCAAACCUGAGGGAUUUCCUCCAGAAAAAGAAGCAGAAACUCCAUAGAGAAUUCUUCUACAAUAUGUUCAGCAAGUUUCCUGUCUUAUUCUGGCCAGUAACAGAAACACUUCUAAACACAAUUCAAGAUGACCAAGUGAAAGUGUUCAUAAAGACCCAGGCCUGUUACUUGCUGUCCGGCAUGCUGAACAAGGAUGUGGAGAAGACAUUAGGAGAGGAGGCUUGGAAGGAGUUCUCACUUUCUCUGAUUGCUGGAAUCUCAAGGAUACUGAGGUUGGUCUCAAAGGAAGCAUUUCCAACCAAACUAGUUCAUGAUGUUUGUGUCACACUAAGGAAAUAUCUAAACUGCUCACAGAAACCUCAGGAGGUUCCUGAGGAGGUCACUGAGAAGCUGGAGAGUCUGAGAGGUUCCUUCAACACAGACAUUAGGAAAGAGUACCUGGGUAUCAUGUCAAAGUUAGGGAAGACAACUCCGAACAUGAAUCAAAAUAAAAAUGCCAGAAAAAGGAAAAAUAAAGAUAGGACAGGCACUGCUGGUCAGAAUGCUGAAAAUAAGAAAGUGAAAACAAGUGAAACAGAGACUGUUACAAGUCCUGUUGUCAACAAAAAGACGAAGAAACGAAAGCAGAACAGUCUAAGUGAGAAAGUGAAAGGAGGGCCCAAAACAAAGGGCUCUGAAUCUGACUUGGAAACUAGUAAAAAUGACAGUAAUUCUGGAUUGAGUAUCCAAGAGGAUGGCAAAAAAUCUAAAAAGAAGAAAGUACACAAUAAAGAGAAAAUUGUUGCUGAAUAAAUAUAAUAUUUCUAAUAA